AUGUUUUCGCAUCAUUCUCAUUCAGGGGACUAUAUUUCACACGGAGUUGAUACGUUGGAUGCCAUAGUUGAAGAGGUUCAACGCAGAGGCUUCCACACAUACUGCCUUACUGAGCACAUGCCCAGGUUGGAAGAAACACUUCUAUACCCAGAGGAAAGAACUACAGAUAGCUUGAAUGAUCUAAAGCGACUACGAUUACAGUUUCAAAAAUAUCUAGAGCAUUCUCAGCGAAUAAAGAAACAAAUAGUAGAUGUAAAUCUUAUUGUCGGGAUGGAAGUGGAGGGCUGUAAUAGCAAGCAUAUUGGAUACGCAAGAGACUUAAUGGACCAGCACAAAGAAGUGCUUAAAUUUUGUGUUGGGUCUAUUCACCAUGUAAAUGAUAUACCUAUUGAUUACAACCAAGCUCUAUGGUUUGCAGCUUUAGAGAGCUCCGGUAAUAACUUGCGAAAGUUUCUCCUGGAUUACUUUGAAUUGCAAUAUGAUAUGUUGAAAACCUUAAAGCCCAAGGUAGUAGGUCACUUUGAUUUAAUCCGUCUUUUUAUGCCCGAGGACGGUAUGUUCGUAGAUAAAUCUACAGGAGAGGUCGCAUUUAGUGCAACCAAGGAUGACUUGGAUUUAGGAACAUGGACAAGGGUUAUGGACAUUUCUCCGUCUCUCAUUAGUAUUUGGAGUGACGUGGAAGCUGUCGUGAUUAGAAAUAUUGCCUUUAUAAAUUCAUAUAAGGGGCUGAUUGAAAUAAAUUCCUCGGGGAUACGUAAGGGUUUAGUGGAACCGUAUCCUCAUAGAGAUGUUGCAAACUUGGUUAAGAAAUAUGCGAACAGCAGGUUUGUUCUGAGUGAUGAUGCGCAUAGUGUAGCCCAGGUCGGCGUUGCAUACAAUAAGACUCUUCAAUAUAUUGAACAUGUCCUACAGUUACAAGGAAUCUAUUAUCUUUCAGAGAUUCAUAAUGGCGCUGAGUUAGAUGUAAAAUACAUGUCUCUUGGGGAAAUAAAGGCAAACAGUUUUUGGAAAUCAAAUUAA